AUGAGUUUAAGUGUCCCCUGUUUUCUCUUGCAAGGCCCCAAAGUAAGACUCAUGAUGAUGCAAGAACAGAAAGCGGCUGUUUUCAUCCAAGCCUGGUGGCGGGGCACCCUGGUGCGCAGGACUCUGCUGCACGCGGCUCUCAGAGUGUGGAUCAUUCAACGCUGGUGGAAACAGAAGCUGGUGAAGCUGCAGGAGAAGAGGCGGCGGACGUCUCUAGAAUUCUACGCGCGGCAAGAAUGGGCAGCUGUCAAGCUACAAUCCUGGUUCCGCAUGUGGUGCAUCCGCCUUCGUUACUGCCGUUUGCUCCACGCUGUCCGCAUCAUUCAGGUCUAUUGGCGCUGGCAUAGUUGCCAUACCCGUGGCUUUAUUCAGGGCCAUUACGACCUCAAAGAAAACCAACUGAAUCUUCAACUUGAAAUCUCUUUGGGCUCGCAAGCUUGUAGAGUACAACAGUGCAUAGCCCUUCCAAUAAAGGAAUGACCAGGUCUGCUA